UGCAUUUUGGGGCGGCACGGAGAGGCCGAGCCUCCCGUCCAAUGGGCGGCGGAGGAGGCCUCCGCAACGGGCCAAUCGGGACGGUGCGGAGAUGGUGACCAAUCAGCAGACGCCGCUGCCGGCUUUAUAAACUUCACAUAGGCAUUUGGAGGCUAUACUCCGACUGUGAAAGAAGGAAGCUAGCUAGCGCCAUGGCCAGAACCAAGCAAACCGCUCGCAAAUCCACCGGUGGCAAAGCACCCAGGAAGCAGCUCGCCACCAAGGCUGCGCGCAAGAGCGCCCCGGCCACCGGCGGCGUGAAGAAGCCUCACCGUUACAGGCCCGGCACCGUGGCUCUUAGAGAGAUCCGUCGUUACCAGAAGUCCACUGAGCUGCUGAUCCGCAAACUGCCUUUCCAGCGCCUGGUGCGAGAAAUUGCCCAGGACUUUAAGACCGACCUGCGCUUCCAGAGUUCCGCAGUGAUGGCCCUGCAGGAGGCAAGCGAGGCUUACCUGGUCGGCCUGUUCGAGGACACCAACCUGUGCGCCAUCCACGCCAAGAGGGUGACCAUCAUGCCCAAGGACAUCCAGCUGGCCCGUCGUAUUCGCGGAGAGCGCGCAUAAACGAUGACCUGAUCUCCAAAAUCCCCCAAAGGCUCUUUUAAGAGCCACCUCCAUAUUUCAGUCAAAAAGGCACAAUUGUUCCAUUAGUACACGCCCCUUUCCCACCGUGUAUGUUGUAGACGAACACGUCGCGUUCCCUGCUCUCGAGUCCCUACAGACCGUGGUUCGAUUCCAGGCUGUAUCACCACCGGCCGUGAUUGUAAAUCAGAGUUGAUUCGUUUCAAUAACGCUCUCUUUCUUAUAUGUAAUUAGAUGUAUGCCUAGAGUAGAAGAGGGGAAAAUAGAGUAGCAGUAAUGAGUGAUAGUAAUGAUAUAGGGCAAAAAGUGGGCAAAAUUGUCACUAUGUAGCUAAGAACAACUGACUUUGAAAGUCCCAUGUUGCAGUGCCGCUGCUGAGAGGGAAAAUUUUCCCGU